CAUAUUCCGCGUGCCUCGGCGCGGACAUAUGGGGGAAAAUGCAACUGAAGGAAUUGUCGGCGGGAGGAAAAAAAGGCGAGCGGAGCGACAGUUGGAGCUGACGGACAACAACAACAAAAAUAGAUUUAAUUAAAUUAUAAUAAAAAGCGCCUCCAGGAAAAGUUUUUCUUUUUUACUUAAAAUAAAAAAAAGCCCUGGAGCUACGGUGGAGAGAACCGGGAGAGCGAACCAGAAGUCUGAAUCUGCUCCGGCGAGGAGAGGAGCGGAACCAUGUACUGCGCGUACACCAUCCCGGGGGUGACCGGCAGCCCGCUCAUGUACUACUACAACGGGAAGGCGCUGCCAGUUCAGCCGUCUGGUCGAGGAACGGAGGACAGGGAGCGUCUUCGCCCAACUACGAGGCUCCUCUGCACUCACUGCAGAGUCGCAUCGAGGACCGUCUGGAGCGUUUGGACGAUGCCAUCCACGUCCUGCGGAGCCACGCGGUCGGGCCGUCGACGGGCAUGGCGAGCGGUCACGGCGACAUGCACGGCCUGAUCGGGGCGGCGCACACGCACAACGGCGCCAUAGGGGCUCUGGGCGGCGGCUACGGGACGGGACUGCUAUCGGCCAACAGACACUCUCUCAUGGUACGAACCGGUUUCCUUCCUGAUCCAGGACAGCUCAGGCUGCAGCUGAAGAAUAUGGAGUCAAAUCUCAUCUACUCUUGUUUUAUUUUAGGAUAUAACCUUUUUUUUAAAGAUGUUCUUCCUGUUUUAAAUAUUAAAAUAAUAAAGUCCAGCUUGAGGAGCAGCRAAGUCACCAGGUUCAAACUGAAAACACAAAACGAAAUGACAGAAACAUUUUCCAUAUUUGAGACGUUGCACUUUUUUUUUCCCCUAAAACAACAAACUGCUGAAAACCUGUCCUCUGCAGCUCUGUCCGCAGGUCUCCAGGGUCAGAGCACCUCCUCGGUCAGCUCUGACAUCAAGUCCGAGGACGAGGGAGACGAGAACCUCCUGCAGGAUCCCAAGUCCCUGGACCCGAAGAAGGAGGACCUGGACAGCAAGGAGCUGAAAGCGAUAGAGAGGUCAAGAUCUAGCAACAACGACGACGAGGACCUGAGUCCGGAGCAGAAGAUGGAGCGGGAACGGGAGCGGAGGAUGGCCAACAACGCUCGGGAGCGCCUGCGCGUCCGCGACAUCAACGAGGCGUUCAAGGAGCUGGGCCGGAUGGUGCAGCUGCACCUGAAGAGCGACAAGCCUCAGACCAAGUUACUGAUCCUGCACCAGGCCGUGGCCGUCAUCCUGAGUCUGGAGCAGCAGGUCCGAGAGCGAAACCUGAACCCGAAGGCGGCCUGCCUGAAGCGCCGCGAGGAGGAGAAGGUCACCGUGACGUCGGACGGGACUCCGCUGUCGUUGGCCGCCGCCCACCACGCCGCCGCCGCCGCCGCCGCCAUGGGCGAUGGACCAAACCCCAUGGGACAAAUGUCCAAGGUGCCGGAGUUCAUCAAGAUGAUGAGUGACCACUUCCUCUGACGGCGUUUCCACGAUGACCAAUCAGACCCGCCGACGCGGGUGUUUCGGCUCGGACCCGCCCCCUCAUCUUCCUCCUUCCAGUUCGUCAUCUCCGACCCUCCUCUUCGUCGUCUCCUCCCGUCAGGAACUCGGACAACCGGGUCGCUUCGCCUCGCGCUCGGCCGGCCGAGGCGACCCGGACGCUUUCUUCACGAAGAGCGGCUGCAGGGACGGACGAAAACAAUCAGCUAAAAACUGGUGGAGUUUUGUCGGCGUUCCCAGUUUGACCCAGAAGGUUCUAAAUAAAAUAAAUAUAUAUUAUUAAAAAAAGGGAAAAGACUUUGUUAAAACGAGAACAGAACAAAAACAUAUCAAAGUGUUAAAAGAGAUUUGUUUUGUUGUUUUUAAACUCUGCGCAGCCGAACGCCACGCUGUGGACGAAGCUGCGCCUCAUCUGAACAAAACAAGACCAGAAACACAGCAGGACCAGGUCACAGGACCAGGUCACAGGACCAGGUCACAGGACCGGGUCACAGGACCAGGUCACAGGACCAGGUCACAGGACCGUUAUAAAACAUUAGAAAGAGAAACAGAUUUCCACUCAGACCUCUUUGGUUCAGUACGAGCUCAGAAAGAACCAACCCUGGACCCGGAGGACGUGGGUMUGGUCUGGAGUCAGAACCGCUCCAAUCAACAAAGGUUUGGCACAUUCCCUUGAGUCGAAGGUUUAAACUCCGAGAGCAGGUGGAGUCCUGGAGGAAGAUGGGACUGAAACGGGGUGGGGGAGGAGAAGAACCUGAGAAUCAUGAGAAGCUGGUUCUGCAGGGGGAACGAUCACCGAGUCUCCAAGCAUUCCCCGUCGGACCGUUAGGGUUCCCACGUGUCCUGGUUUGUGUCCCAUCCAUCCGUGGUGGACCGGGGGGCUUUAGAUUGAUGCCAAGGUUUUAAAUUGGUUCCAAGGAUUGGGCCUGUUUGGACCGAAGAACUGUCUCAUCGUUGGUGACCAAGAAGAACCACAGAACCAUGUUUUAUCUCCACAGUUGUAGCUUCUUUGGAUUUCCAGUCGGGGAGCAUUCCGUUUCUUAGUUUUGCCCCUAACCCUUMGAUUUUAGCUCUCCUUGGCCGUUAYAGGAUGUCCCACUUUGUUGUUGUGAAGACUUGUCCCAUUUCUACCCCUAAAGUUCACAUCAUUUUAUCCACAAAGGGGUUUGGGACAGUGGUUCUCUGUUAACCCCAACUCCUGGUGUUGAAGAUUUUGGAUUUGAAAAUGUUCCUCUUCAAAAUGUCCAGAAUCAGCAAUUAGCUAUACAACCAGCAAAAGCUGAUCCCAACCCCCAGCGUCUGUUGAGACACCCCCACAGCGGUUCCAGACCUGACAGRAUCCCUCCAAUCAGUCCUGGGUCUUCCUCUGCACCUCUUUCUCGUGGUGUUUUCAUGGAAAACCUCCAGAGAUUUUAGUUCCAAACACAUUCUGUUAAAGAUUGGYCCAAUUAGACGCCCAACCACCUCAGCUCGGCCACCCUACUGGAUCCAAGAUCUGAGUUUUCUUUUGGUCCUGAUCCAAACCUGCUCGUCAUAGGAGAGGUUUGGACUGGUUAAUUGGGAGUUUUAUUUCUAAUCGUGGUUUGUUCCUCGAUCGAAAGAAAUGUUUACAUUUAGGGGCGCAGUAUUCUGAAAYGCAUCACACCCCUUGAGUUGAAGUAUGUAUGGACCAUCCCCCUGCUUGACCAAAGGAAUUAGGACCCCCGACCCUUAGUGUAGACCAAACACAGAGGUAGGAUGGAGUGGAGGGAUGUGAGGUUAUUAUUUUACCAAUGGAGCAAACAGGAUUUGUAUUUUCAUUUGUUUAUGACWUUGAGUCCUGUUUGGGUCUUUGUUACCAAACCUUGGACCCUCUUGGGACCAAGGUGUGAUAACAAACCUUGUCCAUCCCUGRCUUGGACCAUCAUGGGACCAUUAUGGGACCAAGGUUUGGUAACAAUCCUUGGUCCCAUAAUGGUCCAAGGUUUGGUAACAAUGUUGGUCCAAGUCAGGGAUAGACAAGGUUUGGUUACAAACCUUGGACCAUCAUUAGACCAAAGUUUGUUACCAAACCUUGUCCAUCCCUGAUUUGGACCAUCAUUGGUCCAAGGUUUGGCACCACACCUUGCCCAUCCCUGACUUGGACCAUCAUUGGACCAUCAUUGGUCCAAGGUUUGGUAUCAAACCUUUUCGAUCACUGACUUGGACCAUCAUUGGACCAUCAUGGGACCAAGAUGGUUUGGUAAUAAAGCGUCUCCUGAGCCAUCAGGGUUUUUGAUCAAAGUUCAGCAACACAAACGAAUCACGAAGAAGAACUGAGAUGAUUUCAGUUCAGGAAGUUUCAGCAUCAGAACAUUCAGUUUCAUAUAUCUGGUAUCAAUCUGAAGCCCCUCGCCACRUCUCUCUUAACUCCCCCCAAGUCCAACUCUGGUCCCGGUACCUCACGGAUACUAGCCUUACAAGCCCCGGACACCUCUCCCACCCGGUCCCUCCCACAGAUGCAAUUGAAACAUUCACACUUCUGCCGAUGUGCCUUUUUAGAGUUCAUAUCAUUGAGGUUGCCAGAGGAGGACAUUUUACCUGGUCUUUUAAUAGGAUGCAAGCUUAGGGACACCUGUUCUUAGUCGUUAGGUUCUAUGCAGUCAGGUUUUUUACCAGACCUGGAAAUUUAAAAAAAGCUAAAAAAGAAAAAAAAACAAGUAUUUUUUGGAUAAUAAAAAAAGUAAACUGUAUUUAAUGUACUGUACGCUUAUAUGUAAGUAGACCGCGUGUUCUGGCUUCAGGCCGGCCGGAUAGACGCUUCGUYUAGCGAGACUAGUCCUCAUCCUGGUCCACCAGAACCCCCCUGAAACCCCACUUUCCUGGUCCAGUUUCCAGAGCGGACGACGCGUCUCUUCUUGUAUCAUAGCUUCAGCUUUUUAUCAAUAUUUGAUCGGCUUGUCUGUGAGCCCCUGUAGUCUUCAGUACUCGGUGURUGGUCGUUUGUUGCUCUUUCUUUUUAUUUUUAUUUUUUUUAAAGAACAAUCUUUUAUCCUGUUACUUUUUUGUCUGUUCUGGUUUACAUGUCUGAUACAAAAAAAUGUAAAAAAAAAAUUUAAAAAAAAGUUUAAAUAGAACAACAUAAAAAAAAACUUUUCGCUCUCCGACGGCAUCGUUCUGUCAGUUGGUUAAAAUCCCGACCAUCCAACAGGAAAUCGAGGAAACUGGAAAAAAAUAAUCUAUUUGAAUAAAUCGAUCUAUAUAUAAAUGUACAAAAAUAUAUACAUAUAUAACGAGGGCGCCGUUUUUGUUUUUUUUAUUAUCUGUGGCGAAGAAAUGUUUUCUCGGGGAGUUUUCUCAAAAACUGAACUGGCAGAAAAUGUCGAAGACCCCCUCAGUGUUAUCAACAUUUUUUAUUWUUWUUWUUUUCAACUGACUGCAUCGUAUUUGUUGUUGCCAUGACGACCCCGGUUACGACCAGUAUGCCCCACCCCCACUCCGGCGCGGGACGAGCAAACGGGAACCGGAGCUCCUCCAGCUCCGAUCGGCAACAAAGUCACAGACGUUUGUAAAUUGUAUGCAACAAAAAAAUGGCAAACUUUACCAUUAUUUUGAAAUUGUGUAUGUAAAAGUUAUAUUUUUACAUGUAGACGGUUGUUAUUUUGUGUUUUAGAAAUAUGAUGUAUUCAAGUUUUUUUUCUUUUUUUUUCGUUAAAAGAUGAAAAAAGUGAAAAAAAUUCAGUGUUGGGAAAAAAGUCACAUUGAAAUGUUGUGAUCAAAACUAUUUUAUAAACGUGAGAGACGUUUCUGAGGGUUUAAGGGAGAACUCAGAUUAAAAAAGACAUUUCUUUUUUUAUUUCGUUCCUCAUAAUGUUAGUUUUUGUUUUUUUUUAGUUUUUUUGCAGAAAAACGUGUAAAUAGUCAUCGGCCAUUUUUCUGUGGCGUGCAGAUUUUCCAGUGAGACACGAUAAUUUUUUGUUUGUUUUUCGUUUUUUUCUGUAAGGUGUUUGGUUAAAUUUGCCAGGUGCCAACUCUUGGAUCAGUGAUGCUCAGUGAGUUACGUAGUUAAGUUCAAGUUAGUGUUAGUGAUUUUCAUUUUCCAACCAUCGGAAGUGUCAAACUGUUAGCGUGUGCUAAACAUCGUUUGUAUCGGAUUAGCUAAAUUUCCGCCCUUUUUUUUCCAAAAAAGAUUUUAGAUAAAAAAAUGUUUGUGGCAUAAAUAUUUGACACAAAGGAAGAAAAAAAAACUAAAACUGCAGCAAAUUUUUUAUCAGCCAAAGAGUGUUAAUCGAUGUGGCGCCCCCUGGUGGCCGGAGGUUUGCUCUGAAUCCGUGACUUUUCUUUCUCUGUUCUUUUUUUAGAUGGAGUUUAAAAAACAAAGAAAAGCCCUAGCACCUGAUUUGUGAUUAAUAUACGAAUUUACAGGAAAAGAUUGAAGCGUUGACGUAAAGAAGCAGGUCGUCUGCGAACAAUCUCAUCAGCUGUUUCCCCAAAAAGCAAUCGGAUCGCAUGGAAGGCAGUUUCAAUCACGUUUUGAAAGUGUUUGAUGCUACAUUUGAGCUUUUUUAUUAAACUGACUCGGACCUACAGCAGGUCAAACACUAGGGUUGAAUCUGUCGGUGUACGUGUUUUUAUGAGAUUUUAUUUUGUUGUUUUUGCGAUGUUUCAUUCCAUACUUUUUGUUGUAUAAUCAAGUUGUCUCCCAAAUUACUGGAUCCUCGUUUUUAUUUUACCCCGGUGUUUCUUUUAGCCAAAAUGUUAACUUUUUUUGUUUUAUUUCCUCCUUGUUGUACAUACACACCAUUUUUUUCAGUGACUGUGCCAUGAGCUUUGUAAUCUGUUACUCUGUACCAGUUUAACUGCAAUAAUGAGUUGAAUUCAAAAUGGCCA